UUACCGUAUCAAAGUUCUACUUAAAGCCCCACCUAAGCUUCAGCUAUACUCAACAUUCUCUCUCUCUCUCUCUCUCUCUCUCUCUUUCUAUCGAUUCCUUUUGUGUGUAAGGUUCUUAGAGCGUUCUUGAGAUUCAAUGGCAAACACCAUGGCAGAUCAUGUUCUGAGUGAGGAACAGAUUGUCGAGUUUAAAGAAGCCUUUGGCCUAUUCGACAAAGAUGGAGAUGGUUGCAUUACCGUUGAUGAACUGGCGACUGUUAUCCGGUCACUGGAUCAAAAUCCGACCGAGGAGGAGCUUCAGGACAUGAUAAGCGAAGUUGAUGCCGAUGGAAAUGGGACUAUAGAGUUUGCAGAAUUCCUCAACUUAAUGGCCAAGAAAAUGAAGGAGACUGAUGCAGAGGAGGAGCUGAAGGAGGCUUUCAAAGUUUUUGACAAGGAUCAAAAUGGCUAUAUAUCAGCUACUGAGUUAAGGCAUGUAAUGAUCAAUCUGGGUGAAAAAUUGACUGAUGAAGAGGUGGAGCAGAUGAUCAGGGAGGCAGACCUGGAUGGUGAUGGACAAGUCAACUUCGAUGAAUUUGUCAAAAUGAUGAUGAACAUCGGAUAAGCACCUAGUCCUCGAUCGACAAUAUAUGAUUGAAGAAAUUUCUUAUUCAAAUUCAUUAAUUUUCAACCUCAUUUUCUCCUAAGAUCAAUAAGUGUGAUUAAUUACUAGUCCUCAUGUUCUUGUCGUACGUUGUAGUAGUUUUAUGAUGUGUCAAUGACCCAAAAUUAUUAGAAUGACACCAUGGACAAUCAUUACCAUUUGAUUAGUUCAAA